AUGGCCCUUUUACAAUUCAGCCAUUAUUGGAGGAACUUACUAUGGGCAUCUGCUUGGACACUGCAACUCAUACCUAAAACUUCUCUCAGGCUAUCCCUGAAACUUCUCGCUCUUACAGACCAUUAUGAGAACCAUUCCUCAUGGGGAAUGCCUCAUAUUUACACGCGUAUAUAUACAAGUUGUCUCAGAAGUAACGGACACCAUUGUAACAUCUGA